AUGCCUGCAUCAUUCAACCUCACCCCGCUGGAUCUACAGCUUCUAGCCAUGACCGACGAGGAAUUCGUCCCUCAUGACUGGAACAAUCUACAAGACAUUAUCGCCCCUCAUCGAAUCACAGCACGGAACGAUCUCGCGGCUUUAAAGCGGAAGCCUUCCGAUCUACGCCGAUACAUAAGGUGGUCGGAUGAGACGAAGAUCGAGUAUGGCUCGAUGAUGAACUACAUUUGUUUACGACGCUUGAAAUGGCCACUUCCGUCUAAUUUGUCGGGGACUGUGCCUGCACCGGAUACACAGGAUCCAGCUGCGGUGAAUGGCGCGGGCUCUUCGGCUUCCGGUGGAGUCCUGACCUUCAAAAACCCGCGGCCAUUUGCCGAUCCAUCUGAUUACCGAAUUCUGCGCAAUGACUGGCCUUACGGCAUGGCCCCCGGCAUUUCUCACCUGGUUGUGUGGUUGCGCACACCAAUUCCUGUGGAGUCGGAUGAAGGGCAUUUGACAUGUGAAUCUCGGAAGCUGAUCGAUAAUUUUGUGAAGCGUAAAUUUGUUCAAAGGUUGGCCGAGGACAAGGCUGGGCGCUUUGUUACUCCCGAGACUCACGUGUUGUGGUUCAAAAACUGGGUUGGGUUGCAGAGUGUCAGGGCAUUGGAACAUGUUCACAUUUUGGUAAGGGAUGUGCCUGAAGAUAUCCUGGCGGAAUGGUCAGGAGAGCCGAGAUUGAAAGACCACUACAGUUACUAG